GCUCAUUUGAUUGGCCGAUGUCACCGUCGUCACUACCGAGACCAGGAAGUUUACAUCGUGAAGCAGGAUGUGAUGCGGAGCGGCGGAACUCUAACAGAGCACCAUGGGUAACACGGAGAGCGUGGUGGUUCAGAAGCGGCUGGCCCGCUUCCGGCCCGAGGAGCGUCCCGUGGUCGAGGGGGUGUUUGGCAGACUCCAGGGCGGCGGCGGCCUGUCGGGAGCCUCAGAGAAGACGCCACCAGGGAAGAGUCUGACGCUGGAGUUGCUGCGGGCCUCGAUGUGCAGCCUGGCACCGGACUCCAUGAUCGGGCGACUCCACCGGUGCAUGUGCAGCAUCGACCCUGGACCAACGGCGGCGCCCGCGGCCUCUGGGAAGACGGGCGGCGUCUCUGCUGCCGCCUCAGGAGUCGGUCGGGAGCAGCUGGUGAUCUUCCUGGCGGACGCGCUGCGUGGCACCGCUGAGGAACGGGCUCCUCUCGUCAUGGCCAUGUCGCGGAGCGGAGCUCAGGCAGCGACGGUUGUCACACGUGAGCAGGUUGUUGAGUUCCUACAGGACCUGAUCUCUGCCGUGGUUCAGAUUCUGGUUCACAGGGGGCGCCUGCAGGGCUGGAAGCCAGAGCGAAUGGGCGACUGCUCCACUGGCGUCAAACUCCUGGCAGAGCAGAUGUGUUCAGAGCUCAAACCUGGAGAUGAAGGAUGUUGUGACACUUCCUGUCUGGAGGACUGGAUCUUCAGGGUCCCCCAUGUGUCGUUGUACCUGGAGAUGCUUGUGGCCGAAGGCCUGAAUGUGUCUCUGAGCGGCCGGCCGGCGCCCACGCUGCUGCCCCCCUGCAGGGAGACGCCCUGGACGGAGCUGAGGUGUCUGCUGCACCUGCCCACACUCAUGUUUCUGGCUCCACAGUUGCCGGACGGCUGCGGCGCCCCCUGGAGGCUGGUGUUCUCCACGCAGCUGCACGGGGAGAGUUUCAGCCGGAUGGUGAGCGGCCUGACGAAGCGCGGUCCGACGCUGCUGCUCGUCAAAGACUCGCAGGGAAACGUCUUCGGGGGCUUCGCCUCCCACAGCUGGGAGGUCAAACCUCAGUUCCAGGGUGACUCCAGAUGUUUCCUGUUCACCAUGUCGCCUAGACUGAGAGUUUAUACAGCAACAGGAUACAACCAACACUUCAUGUAUCUGAACCAGAACCAGCAGACCAUGCCCAACGGACUGGGAAUGGGCGGGCAGCACGGUUACUUCGGCCUGUGGCUGGACAGCGACUUCGGCCGCGGUCACAGCCGCGCUCGGCCCCGGUGCACCACCUACGGCAGCCCCCAGCUCUCCGGAGAGGAGGAGUUCACCCUGGACUCGGUGGAGGUCUGGGCGGUCGGAAAGCCCCCGGAGCCAGAGGAGGGCGAGGACGUGGAGGGCAGGAAGAAGAAGAGUGUCCUGGACGCAGACCCAGAGGUCCAGGCCAUGAUGGAGAUGACGGGGAAGACUCUGCACAGUCAGGGCCUCAGGGAGCCGGAGGAGGACCAGGACCAGUGAGCAGCGACCGGAAGCUUCCUGGCUUCACCUACUGGGACAACAUGAUAACUGCACACAGUUAUAAUCUCAAGUUUCUCAUUCUGCUCGGAUCCUUACAUUUUCAGAAAGACACUCGCUCAACAUAAACCAGGCUAAGCUAAGCUAACCAGUCUGACUCAGUCUAAAAUGGCAGCUUUUGAGUGAUCUGAUCUGACAACUGGAAGCCACCAGUGAGCACUUACUUCAAACUGCCUGAUAUCUGAGGGAAGACAAGAAAAACGUGAAUUAAUAUUUAAUAAUCUGUGAGUGGUGGAAGUUUCCAUAUCAUAUCUCUGAAGAUGAUCAUGUUUUGUCUGUAGCUUCUGGUUUUGCGCAGUAACAUGACACGAGGCCUCAGGUUUGAGUAAUACAUUAACCAUGUAGGAGUCACAUGGCUCAUUAUCACAGUCUUCUUUAUUCAUCGUCAUCUCUUUUCUGAAUUUAUGAAACUAAUAACGAGAUCGUCUGACGUUUAACCAUCUGAGAAUUUUCCCGACCAAAAGAAGGAAACCGCCAACCACUUGAUUCCGCCUCAGACUUGAAUAACAGACUGGAUUCACCUCUGGACAUUUAAAUUAUUAUUGUUGUUAUUUUCUGCUGCUGAAUCAGAGACUCAUCGAAAAGCUCAUGGUGGAUUUUCUUUGGGGAGAAAAUCAAUGAAAUGGAGUAAAAAUGUAAAUACAGAUCAAAGAGAAAAGAAGAAUUUCCUGUAACAUGUUUAAGAUAUUAAUAGACCUGUAUUAUCCUCACAGAUGUGACACUUGUGAGUUUUAUUAUUUAUUAUAAAAUUAUUUAUUUUGUCUUAGCAGUGUUAACCUGCGUUGGUGCUUUAAUUAAAGUCCGGAACUUAG